AUGGCCUCAUAUCAAAAAGCAAGAGAAUGGCGGACGACCAUCGCCGAACAGGAAUACCUCAUAUCGACCGACCUGAACAAUGUUUCGCACGACUUUGUCAAUAAUGCAUACGGUUCUGAUGAUAUGUACUGGGCCAAAGCAAUGCCUGCUGCCAUUCUACGAAACAUACUCUCGAACUCACUGGUGAUGGGCGUGUACGCGUUAGAACAAGUUGGAUUUGCUCGCUUUGUCACAGAUCAUGUCACAGUCUAUUACUUGACAGACGUGUACGUCGCGCCUGAGUAUCGUGGAAAAGGGUUGGGCAAGUGGCUGAUCAAAUGUUGUCGAGAGAUUCUUGACUCGAAGCCGCAUCUGAUGAGAGCAAUGCUCAUGGCUUCACCAGGAGAGGGCAAAGAGUUCUACGAGAAGAACCUGGGUAUGCGCGACAUCCAGGAGGAAAUUGCCGAGGGACAUGUUCUCCCCAUGACGCGAAACAGAAACACUUGA